UGUUGUUUCAUUACAGACGAAUCUCCUGGCUUAUCCUUAUCAUAGCGACAAGCCACCUGAUUUAACUGUAAGUGUACACUUUAACAUUACAAUCGUCGGCCUGGACAGUUCGGACAGAUGUUGACGUUUCACAGUCGAUGGAACUUACAACGAGCUACAAAUUCAAGGUAUAUAUCAACAAAUAAACCGAGUGGUAAAUAUCGUUAUGCAACGACUUGAUACGGCCUAGGCAGCAACAAUCGCCCUACUUCAGUAGCUAUGCUUGAAUGCAAAGUAGCCAGAUGAGCUCUGGAAAGGGACUCUCUAUUGUGGGUUGCUCGGGAUUCUGGACAAGGUUAAAACCAUGAAAAUUCUGUACAUUUUCCAAGUCUAAUGUGGAGAAGUCUGAACUUUCACUGAAACGAUUGACUGUGAAUGUAGCACCCCGUUGUUUUGCUACUUACCGAUCAUGCACAUUCGCAGCGGAAACUACAAGAAUGCCCAAUAAAAUUUCUGUUUGCAAUCGUGAUGCGAGGUAAUUCCUUGGGACGAAACUUCCGUCACGAAACGACCGGUUUCGCACCUUUAUGCAUCGGAAAAAAAUCAGUCCCACCUUUUUUGUUUCUUCUCAAAAGAUUGUGGGUCUGUAUUCUGUCAUAAAUUUGAUUCGCAUCAGUGAAGCAACCAAAGCGAUCUUCAAUAUCUCGUCAUUCUACAAUCAUGGGGUACCUCUCUGAAAUCAUCGUGGUCCUUCUCUCCUUGAGAUCUAUCGUCGCCACUGACACCAUGAAUUUGCUCAUGGUCGGGAACAGCUACACAGCUCGAAACAAUCUUUCCCAUAUGCUAAGCAGCUUGCUAGGCGAGGGUCUCUCAUCAGACAACAUUCAAGUUUCUAGAAACACAAAAGGCGGGGCCUCUUUGACGACACAUCUACAAGAAGCCGACGGUACAGCUGGAGAUACUGGGCUGCGACAAUCUCUUGUAAGCAAUCCGAAACCGUGGGAUUUUGUAGUUUUACAGGACCAGAGCCAAAUCCCCGGCUACUAUGAGGUCAGCGGUUUCUUUGACCAAAGUCUCCAAUCAGCAGUAAAGUUGAAUGAACUUAUCGAAGACACAGGGGCUGAAACUAUCUUUUUCUUGACCUGGGGUCGACGUGACGGGGAUUCUCGCAACCAUUGGAUUUUUCCCGAUUUUCCAACGAUGCAGGAAAGGCUCAUUGAAGGGUAUCGCCAAUUUGCCGAAGCGACAAGCAGUGAAACGCGGCGCACGACUGUUGCACCCGUGGGGCCGGCCUUUCAAAUUAUCUACGAUCGCUAUCUUGAAUUACGCAUGGAUCCUCUGGAUAGCGAAAGCAAUUUCUACAACCUCUACUCAUCCGAUGGGAGUCAUCCAAGCCGCUCCGGAACAUAUUUGGCUGCCUGCGUUCUGUACGCCACAGUCACAGGAAAAGAUCCUAGCGCGUUGAAGUAUCGACCCACAGGUAUCAGCAACGACCUUCAAGAUAUGCUCCAAUCUGUUGCAGCAUUUGCUGUCAUGGGGAAGUCCUUUGAUUUCGACACAGUCGUUGGCUACAUGGAACAGGAGAUAGCUGUUUCCGAGUCCCCUUCGCCAAGCUUUUCAGGCGCUGCGCCAACUCCUCGGCCUACAAGGCGCCCUACUAGAGCCCCUAGUCUACGUCCCAUUAGCCCACCUCCCAAAAGUUGGGACGACGAGUGCUCCAGUCUUGUAGAAAACUCAAAUAUGGAACUUGGUCAUGAGGGCUUUUGGUACGCUCAAGGGGUCAGCGAUGUCAUCGACACCAGCGGGUACAAGUCUGCGUUAGCCAUUCGCUCCAUCAACCGAAAUCGAGAGUGGGAUGGCCCGGCAUACAUGAUGAAUUCAUCCAAAGACAGAAACUGUAUGGUGCAAGGAUCAACUUGGCAAAUCACUGCCAGUCUUCAGAUGAUUGAUCCAAAGACAGAGCGGGGCGCGGAAUGCGAAUUAUCAUCUGGCGGUCGCAAGAACGAUUGCCCCGGCCUCCGUUUUAGAUUUCGCGACAGCAGAUGGGAUUUGCAGGAGUUUCGCUUGCAAGAAUAUGCUGGUGAUGCAUGGAAUCCCAAUGGUUUUAAUCAAUUCAAGGUGGAAUUUACUGUUCCGAAAAAUUCCGACACAUGGCACGGUGAAAUCCGCAACAUUGUGGUUUUCUUUGCAGAUUUUCCUGCUUAUCUCGACCUGGUAAUUGAUGACUUCAAUAUUGUCCGUGUGCAAUAG